AUGACACGCUCCUCGCGACCUCUCCUCUCCCCGCUCCACACAUUCUCUCCGUUCCCUCACUCCUCACCCCGCCUCACAUACCUCUUCCUCCUCCUCCUCGUCUCGCUCCACUCCUCUAUCCUCCACGCGCCGCCCUGCGCGCUCGCGCUGUCGCAAGACGCCAUCGGGAGCAUCAUCGCGGACAGCGUCUCCUUCGACGGGAUCGGGCCGGGGGAGGACUUCGGCGACUACGAGGAGCGCUACGGCGUGAGCGACGACGAGGAAGACUAUAACGCGGACGGAGACGGCGCGGGGAUGGGCAUGGAGGGGGUGUCGAUGGAGUGGGACGAGGAGCAGCCAGAGGCGGCGAUCCAUGGCGUGCUCGAUGUCGAUGACGUCACUCUCCCCAAGCUCGCUGACGGCCGCCAGAAGCUGCUGCUGCUCUUCUACGCGGCGUGGGACAGGUUCAGCAAGGAGAUGGUGCCCAUAUACAAGGACGUUGCCACGUCGCUCGCCACCCACACCGACGUGAUGCUUGCCAAGGUGGAUGGCGAUAGAUACUGGAAGCUUUCUUCUCGAUACGACGCCGCCUCGUAUCCUCACCUGGUCUACUUCGACCAAGAAAACAAGAUGGGGAUUAGCUAUGAGGGUGAGAGGACAGCGGAUGCAAUAGUGAGCUACGUGCUUCACGGCGAACGGCGUGGUCCUCGGCUGCCCGCCCUGCAAGCAGUAGUGCAGGCGUUUCGAGCGGGCAGCAGUGGGGAGCAGCGCGAGGCAGCCAUUGCAAAGGCUGAAGCACUCGUGGCUGGGAUGAGCGCGGCUGACAAAGAUGUGGGUCUGCUGUAUAUCAAGGCCAUGAAGGCUGCCGUGGCAUUCGGGGAAGACUUUCUGCGAAAGGAGGCUCGCCGACUAGAGAGCUCUUUAGAAGGAGGUGGUUUGCCGCCGUCCACCUACACCAAGUUCCGCCAGCAGAUUGACAUCGCCAAGGAGUUGGACCCAACAGCUGCACAUUACGCCAGCAGCGGCCAAUGGGUGGGCGUGUCGCUCGGCCUUGACUUGUCGUCGCAGCCCAUGGACCCAGCACGCGCCGUGUCGCUCAUCAAAGCGCGCGGAUUCUCCGCGGUGAAGCUUUUCCGCCCAGACGGGCCCACGUUCACCGCGCUAGCUGGGUCCGGACUGGAGGUGGUGACGGCGGUGCCCAACGACCGCCUGGCGGAAUUCGCGGCGGGCAGCGCCGCGGCCCUGAUGUGGGUGGACGCGAAUAUCAUGCCAUACGCCGACAAGUGCAAGAUCACCGAGAUCUCCGUGGGCAACGAGGUGAUGGGGCAGCGCGAGGGCGCGAACGACGCGCUCCACUCUCUAGUGCCGGCCAUGGAGUCGCUUUACUCGGCGCUGGAGGCGCGCAAGCUGCACGGGCGUGUGAAGGUGACGAGCCCGCAGGACAUGACGUUCCUCGCCGCGUCCUUCCCGCCGUCCGCGUCCGACGUGCACCCCAGCAUCCGCGACGAGAUGACCAAGCUGCUCGCUUUCCUCAACCGCACAGGCUCGCACGCGGUGCUCAACUGCUACCCCUUCUUCGCGUACCAGUCGGCGCCGCAGCAGCUCUCGCGCGACCUCGUGUUCUUCAAGGGCGCCACCAGCGGCGGGUACAGCGACGGGCCGCUCUUCUACACCAGCAUGCUGGACGCCAUGAUCGACGCCGCUAUCGCCGCCUUUGAAAAGCUCGGAUUCCCCAACAUCCCCAUUACUGUGGGCGAGGUGGGGUGGCCGUCGGCAGGAUCCCCCGUGGCAUCCUUAUCAGACGCAGCAGAGUUCAAUGGAGCGCUCAUCAACCACAUCACGUCCGGCCAGGGCACGCCCAAGCGCCCGGGCGUGCCCAUCCACGCAUACGUCUUCGCAAUGUUUGAUGAGGAUCUCAAGGACGCGGGGCCCGGCGCGUUCGAGCACUCGUGGGGAGUCAACUAUGCCAACGCAGCGGAGAGUGCAUGGAACGCCAUGGCAUGGGCGUGCGGGGAGGGGCAUGUGGAGUGUGGGGACCUGAAUGGGGCCGGCACUGGGUGCUGGGAGGGGCAGAACAGCAGCACGCAGGUGGCGGUGCAGGCGAGUUUGGCAAUGAAUAGGUAUUUCCAGGCGGCAGCGCAGGGCGAAGGGACGUGCGACUUUGGUGGCUCGGCUACUGUGGUGUCGGCUGUGCCGGCUGUUCUGGCGGGGUGUGGGCUGGAAUCUGGUAAUGGCAAGUGGUGUGUGGCCGCAUGCCUACUGUAG